UUUACAAAUUUACCGCGGCAUUAAAACAUAAACAGUUCGGUGUCACGUGGCGUUUUUUUCUCGGAUCACGUGCCAUGGUUCUUAAAUUCCAUUCGAGAAGAUGACGUCAUAUGGUGAGCCCUCGAUACGAAUCCAGUCAGUGUUCCUAAACUCAUCUCAGUCACAAACACACACAGAGUUGUUUGCAGAGAGAGGCAUUUUCUAAAUAAUUUCGAAAAACCUGAUACAUAUAUCAACCUUAGUGAGCACAACUGUUGCUACAAUGCCUCGACGAACAAGGAGGACAGCUCCAUCCAGACCUAAACAAAAGGUGUAUGGGCCCCCCCCACCAACACGUGAGGAGGAGUGUGCUCAAGAAAAUGACUUGAUCGAGAUUCUCAAGUCAUUCGGAUGCUUUGAGAGCGACGUGGAGCUGAGACACAGAGAGAAUGUGGUCCAGAGACUGGAGUCACUGUUCAAAGAGUGGCUCAUAGAGAUGUGUCUGCAAAUGAAUUUACCAGGCAUUGUCCCGCAGAAGGUUGGAGGGAAGCUCGUCCCUUUCGGCUCCCAUCACCUGGGGGUCGCCUCGAAAGGCGCCGACAUCGACGUCCUCUGUGUGGGACCGGGUUUCCUCCAGAGGAAGGACUUCUUCUCCUCUUUCGUUAGAAAACUGAAGAGGCAGAGAGAGGUCAAAGACAUACGGGUCAUUGAAGAGGCAUUCGUCCCUGUCGUUAAACUGACCUUUGAAGGAAUUGAGAUAGACUUAGUCUUUGCCAGGGUGGCCAGGAACAGAGUCCCACAGGAAAUGGACCUGCUCCGAGAGGAUUGGCUACAGGGGACGGACCUCCACUCUGUGAGGAGUCUGAACGGCUACAGAGUAACAGAGGAGAUCCUCAGGCUCGUGCCUAAUGUUCAGAACUUCAGACUCGCUCUGAGGACCAUAAAGCUCUGGGCCAAACAAAGAAACAUAUACUCAAACUCUUUAGGUUUCCUUGGCGGUGUUUCCUGGGCCAUUCUGGUAGCCAGAAUCUGCCAGGAGUACCCGAACGCCUCAGCCUCCACCCUGGUCACAAAGUUUUUCAAGGAGUACAACAUGUGGAAGUGGCCAAACCCCAUCAUGUUGAGGGAGUUAAAGGAUUGUCAUUUCAACCUUCCUGUGUGGGAUGCAAGGGUUAAUCUGGCAGACCGCUCCCACUCUAUGCCGAUCAUCACGCCGGCAUACCCAAUGCAGAACACUGCUUUCAACGUGACUCCCUCCACCUUGGCCAUCAUGAAGGAGGAGAUCCAGCGUGGCCACACUAUCGCCGGCUGGUCCCAACUCUUUGAGAAGCCCAAUUUCCUCAGGAAGUACAAGUAUGUAAUAAUCUGCCCAAAUAUGAACAUGUGUAUUAGCAUACGCAACAUAUACUUUCUUAAAUAUUGACAUCUCCACCAAGUUUAUUAGUCAUUCUUAGCUCUGAUAUUUUAUACAUUUUUGUAUCUGUCUUGAUGCCUAAAGCUUUUUCUAAUAGUAUAAUUAUGCUUUCAAAGAAGGCAGAUCUUUAUAUCUGAUGUUUUGUCACGUUGUUUUUUCUUAAUGAAGAUGGAACAGUGUUCACACUGCAUAAAAUACUGUUCUGCUUAUUUUCAUCUGAAUGAUGUAUUUGUUUUCACAAGUUGUGCUUUAUAGUGCGUGAAUUGGUAUUUGAGUUUAUAUUAAUGUGAGUUAGUUGAGGCAGAGUCUUUAUAUAUUGCAUACUGUAACUGAUGGAUUUGUUGUUUUUAACUGACUCUCUUUUGACCUAAACCCAAACUCUUCAAUGACUUUUGUGAAUGAACGUGCAGAUGUUUGUAAUUUGCUGUUUUUUUCUUUGUAAUGUGUGACUGAUUUGAAUUUGUAUUUGAUUUGAAUUGUUGAAUCCCAGUUUCUUAAUGAGGGUGUAUAUGUGGUGUUGUUGUUUACUGUUAUUAACUGAACAUUAAAGGUCCCAUGUCAUGCUUUUCCGGUUAUUACCCGUCCCCUUGUGUGUUAUGUAGCUUUU